AUGUCGACCCUUUCGACUGCCUUUGCACGCUCCGGAGAUCAGCCGGCUGUGAUCGUACCCGGAAAGCCAUCGCCCUUUAUCGCUAGCUAUGGGACACUCAACGCCGACAUUGCGGCCUUUCAAGAGCAACUGGCGAAGCUAGGCAUAGCUCACGGCGCUGCUGUGUCCAUUGCCUUGACGAAUUCAUAUGAGUUCAUCGUUUCAUUCCUUGCUACUUCCUGGCAGCGGGCUAUCGCCGCACCGCUCAACCCAGCAUACAAGCAGGAGGAAUUCGAGUUCUACAUCGACGACCUGAGCUCCUCCCUGGCCCUUGUCCCACGAGGUGCAUAUGCGCAGAACAGUCCUGCAGUGAGAGCGGCAAAGAAGUACAAUGCUGCCAUUGCAGAGUGCUACUUUGACAGCGGCAAGGUGGUGUUGGACGUUAAAGAGCACGGGAAGUUGGCUGGAAAGGGAGGCCUACCGGUCCAGACUGCUCAACCAGAUGAUACCGCUCUUGUCUUGCAUACCAGCGGCACAACUGGCAGACCAAAGGCUGUGCCGCUGACGCACCGGAACCUCACCAGAACGAUGAGAAACAUCCAAGCUACCUACUCCCUUACGGGUGAUGAUCGAACGUAUCUUGUAAUGCCUCUCUUCCACGUUCACGGACUACUUGCUGCCUUCCUUGCCCCAUUGCAGUCCGGAGGUUCCGUCAUUGUACCGUCCAAAUUCUCCGCUUCCGAGUUCUGGUCGGAUUUCAUCACCUACAAAGCCAAUUGGUACACAGCAGUACCUACCAUACACCAGAUCCUCCUUAAACAUCCAUUCCCGUCACCCAUGCCAAAAAUCCGAUUCGUUCGCUCUUGCUCGUCGCCGCUAUCUCCCAAGACGUUCCAUGAAAUAGAGCGUGCGUUCAAGGCUCCUGUUCUGGAAGCGUAUGCUAUGACCGAAGCCUCGCAUCAAAUGACCAGUAACCCACUGCCACCAGGAAAGAGGAUGCCUGGAAGUGUUGGUAUUGGCCAAGGUGUGGAGGUCCGUAUCCUGGACGAUAAUGGCAAGGAAGUUCCCCAGGGCUCUGAGGGAGAGAUCUGCGUGCGAGGGGAAAACGUCACCAAGGGCUACCUCAACAACCCUGCUGCCAACAAAUCGUCCUUCACCAAGGACGGCUUCUUCCGUACCGGCGACCAGGGAAAGAAGGACCCAGACGGUUAUGUCAUUAUCACCGGUAGAAUCAAGGAGUUGAUCAACAAGGGUGGAGAGAAGAUUAGCCCCAUUGAGCUAGACAAUGUCAUUGCCCAGAACCCGCACGUUGCCGAAGCUGUCUCGUUCGCCAUCCCAGAUGACAUGUAUGGUGAAAACAUCGGUGUGGCCGUCGUCCUCAAGAAAAGGGGGAGCAUAUCAGAGGACCAGCUGAAGUCAGAGAUAGCGCCGAAGGUCGCCAAGUUCAAAAUCCCUCAAAGAAUCUGGAUUCUCCACGAGAUCCCAAAGACUGCGACCGGCAAGAUCCAGCGCCGAAAAGUCGCAGAAGCGAUGCUCAAGAAGGAUGCUCCAUCCUCAAAGCUGUAA